AUGAAAUACUGCGGCGGGACAUUUUCGGGUCAUAAGGCGACGCUAUGCGCGCCCGAGAUCAUCGUCGUCGGGCACCGCUGCACCUACGAGGGCCGACUUCCCGAGGAAUCUCGAGUUGAGAAGAUAGUCAACUGGGGACCUUGCCGCGAUCUCUCGGAAGUACAGGCAUUCCUUGGAACGAUCGGCGUCGUCCGCAUCUUCAUUCGUAACUUUGCCCAUCGAGCACACCCUUUAACAAUGCUCACUCGAAAAGACUUCCCUUUUAUCUUCGGACCUGAACAGAUCGCGGCGCAAGACGAUCUCAAAUCAGCACUCCUUUCCUCGCCCGCCCUCCGCCCGAUUGACUAUUCCUCACCAGCCAAUGUCAUCCUCGCAGUCGACACCUCGCACCUCGCGGUCGGAUUCCACCUCUGCCAGUGCGACCUCGACAAUCCGCGAAUCCGGUACUACGCCAGAUUCGGCUCCAUCACCCUGAACGACCGCGAGUCAAGAUUCUCGCAGCCAAAACUAGAGCUCUACGGCCUGUUUCGCGCUCUCCGAGCUCUCAAGAUGUACCUCAUCGGGAUCCGUAACUUGGUCAUCGAGGUGGACGCGAGAUAUAUAAAAGGAAUGCUAACGAAUCCAGAUCUCGAACCAAGCGCGAGCAUUAAUCGCUGGAUCAUCGCCAUCCUCACAUUCCAUUUUACCCUCGUCCACGUUCCCGGCGCCUCGCAUGGGCCCGAUGGUCUCUCGCGUCGACCGCCGCAGCCAGGCGACCAUCCCGAGGCUGACGACGACUUCGAAGACUGGAUCGACAACCUCUACAGCUUUAUGCACCAAAUAAACAACCCUCAACCACCGCCAUCAGCGCGCCAGUGCCUCACCAUUCUCGCGAACACCAUCACCGACAUCGACGAUAACAUCCCUCCACCUCUCAAUUACUCCAACAUUCCUCGCACCAGCACAGCGAUAUCGGCGGACGACCGGAUCAUAGCAGUUAGGAAAUGGCAUUCCAACCUCACACGCCCGAGCGGUCUAUCCGACGCUGAGUACACAACAUUCCUCCGAUACUGCGCUGAAUUCUUCCUCGCCUCGGACAAGCUAUGGAAGAAAGAUGCUCAAGGCCGACAUAAGCUCGUCGCGCCGCCCGACCACCGUGUUUCCAUUCUCGCCUCGGCCCACGACGACGUCGCGCACAAGGGCUUCUUCGCCACUCGCGUCCUCAUCGCGGAAAGAUUCUGGUGGCCGCUUAUGAGGCAAGACAUCGCUUGGUUCAUUCGCUCAUGUCAUCUCUGCCAGAUUCGACAAACACGCAACGUCUUGAUCCCUCCAGUCGUCGCAUUGCCGGCGCCUCUCUUCGCGAAAAUGUAUAUGGACACGAUGCACAUGCCGAUGGCAGGAGGCUUCCGAUACCUCGUUCAAGGUCGAUGCUCGAUAUCGCACUAUCCCGAGUUCCGCAUGCCCCGCAACGAGACCAGCGCCGCCCUCGCCGACUGGAUCUUCGAGGAUAUUCUCUGUCGCUGGGGCACCCUCGUUGAGAUCGUUUCCGAUAACGGGCCAGCCUUCGUCAAAGCUCUCACCCAUCUCGCCAAGAAGUAUCACAUUUCGCACAUUCGAAUAUCGGGGUACAAUUCUCGCGCCAACGGCAUUGUCGAAAGGCCGCAUUUCGAUGUCCGACAAGCUCUCUUCAAGGCGGUCGAUGGGGAUCAGUCGAAGUGGAAUAGAGCGGCACCGUUUGUUUUCUGGGCCGAUCGCAUCACUGUCCGACGUCGCAUGGGUUGCUCACCAUACUUCGCCGCGACAGGAACUCAUCCCCUCCUGCCCCUCGAUAUAGCGGAAGUAACGUACCUCCUUCCACCACCAUCCGAGACAAUGUCGACCACCGACCUCAUCGCCCGCCGAGCAAUCGCACUCCAAAAGUGUCGCGCUGACCUCGCUCGCCUCCGCACCGCAGUCAUCGCAGCACGAGUUAAAGCCGCCAUCCGAUUCGAGACCGACCACCAGGCGACAAUUCGAGCAUUUCAUUUCGAUCUCGGAGACCUCGUCCUCAUCCGCAACACCGCCAUCGAGAAGGCCCUAAACCGCAAAAUGCGACCUCGCUACUUGGGACCCCUUCUCGUUAUAUCUCAGAAUCGCGGCGGUGCUUACAUUCUCGCAGAAUUAGACGGCUCGGUACUUGACCGACCGAUCGCGGCCUUCCGCGUCAUCCCCUACUUUGCUCGCAAGAAGCUCGACAUACCCGACCUCGACGCACUCCUCGACAUCUCUGCACAACGACUGCGCGAGAUGAAGGCCACCGUGGACGAGGAUCCUGAAGAGGAGGGCCUCCGCGGCGACGAGAUGGACGACUCGGAGGACGAAGCUUCGCAGCGGGAUAUCGACACAGUAUCCGAUACCGACGAGCCCACCCACCCUCCCUUCUCGCGCGGGGCGAUGUGA